CAAAUACAAGUCAGUCGCAUGGUGGAAAGUCCAUACUUGGUCAUCCGAACAAGGUGGGAGGUUUGGCCAAAAAGAGAACAUAAUACUGAAAAGAAAUGAGUAUGGAGAACUGACAAAACAAGGCAAAUAACAACCUGGGUCUUACUUCAUGCGCUGCGAUCGGAAGACCUAUCAGGGGACUUUAUUCGAAUUUUUGUUUACAGUCCCUUGUCUCAUGUUCUACGGCAUUGUCACCGGCUUUUCUAUAUCAUGCCUGCGGCCCUCCGCACAGUGGCUACAUCAUCAUCCACGAAAUACUAUUUUCAGCCUACAACAUAUCAGAAUAUUUGGACACUAUUGAGGCAAUCAUGCAUGUUGCAAACGGUAGGUUAGGUGGUGAUACAAAAACCAUUUGAUUAAAUGCAUGAACAUUGCAGGCCAACAGUAUUUGCAU